GCUGGAACGUUACGUAACCUGUCGAGGUGCAUUAUGGGUGUUUGGGUUUCCUUACCUGACUUUGUAAAUGUAAACCUGCGGAGCAGUGCCGGAGUUGAAACUACAACCAAAUCUGGCACGGAAGUGAAGUCAUUAAAGACAUAAAAAUGCCCAGAGACAUAUCAUCUUCAUCCAGCGAAGAUGAAGCGGAUAAUCCUACUAAAAAAUCGCCUGUAAAGCAAAAGGAAACCGGUGUGCUGUUUGGACCCACAGAUAAGGAGACCAGCAGGUACCAGUGUCCGGCUGACUUUGUGUCUUUCAGCCAUAAGCCCUGCAGAAGCACUCUCACAGGCAGCCUGAAGAACAACAAGAGCGACUUAUGGCUCAUUAAAGCUCCUGCAGGCUUUAACCCAGAAUGUUUCAGAGGCAUCAAGGUGCCCCUCUCAGGUCUCCAGACCCUGAAGGUUCCUGCUACUGCAGGAGGAGCCAAAACUGGGAGUGGCCAGCAAAUCUACAGCAUCCUGGCUUCCACCCAUGGUACCACAGAGCUCAGGCUGCUCACCAGUGACAAAAAGUCUUCCAGUGGCGUAGUUUUUGGCCCCGCUUUUUCAGGCUUGCUAAAUGUGUGUGAGAGUUAUGGAGACAGCAGCGCCAACCAGGCCCCUCAGGUCAUCCCCGCUGCUCCGGCGCCCUCCAUACCGCCAGGGCUGAAACAGCGAUUCCACCCCUUCGGGAGUAAGACCCCCACACCGCCCUGCGUGGCAGAGAGUGAGAGGGAUGGAGCUGCUUUGGGGCCCUCAUCGACCACUCUGCGCCCCCUGGUGGCCAAAAGAUUCAUAGAGGAAACACGACAGGAGGAAGAGGAAGGGAGAAAGAAGAAGAAGAAAAAGAAAGAAAAAUCAAUUAAGACAGAGCCAGAAGAGGGGACGUCUGAUGUCGUGGGAGUGAAAGUGGAGCCUGAAGCUGAAAUUCAGGAUGAAGUGAUGACGGAGAUCCUCCAGGAGGAGAAGAGGAAGAAGAAGAAGAAAAAGAGGGACAGAGAGCGAGAGGAGGUGGAGGAGGGUGUGGAGCCCAGUGUGAGUGUGAAGGUGGAAGAAGUAACAGUAAAAUGUGAACCAGAGGACAGUUUGUUUGGUGAUGUAGUGGAAGGCUCUGGAAAGAAGAAGAAAAAGAAGAAGAAAAGCAAAACUGAUGACGACUAGUCUGUCGUUACUUUGUGGUUUGAUGUUUAUUUUAUUUGUUCUGUUUGCCCAGUUUAUACUGAAGAGCCACUACUACUUUUUACUGCAGCUUAUUGACCGAUUGCAUAAUGCAAGGCUCACUUUGGCAAGACGCUGCAUUCAUAAAAAAAGAACACAUCGUGAAUCAGUCGAUUAGUGACACAAAUUAUAAGGUGGGUUCAUUGCAGCAUCUUUAAGGCCAAUGUUCCAAUCAUUUUGAGCUCAGAAAGUGACCGUUUUACUCACGAGGAAUGCAUGCAGCCGCAGGCGUCUGUGAGCACAUGGGUAACACGAGUGUACAAAGUGGGAAUUUCUGCAUUUUCUGCCAGUGUCUGUCAAGUUGUGGGAUAUUUUAUGGGAUUAUGCUCACACUGUGUUGCUGCGUUUGUGUACAUAUUUACACAACCGGACUGGUAACGUCACUGGUCUGGCAGCAGGAUCAGAAAACCAGAGGUGAGGUAAAGACAGAAUAAUGCUUCAGUGUCACGUAACAUUGUUAGUUUAAGGAUCUGAGUCACAUGGAGAAAUGAUUUGUUUGUAGGAAAACACAUGUUACAAAACUAAACUCCAAAUGUGAUUAAAGGAAAUGAAACGAGAAUGAAGAAAA